AUGGCCAUCACCGCCGUCUCCUCCCUCAAAUCCGCCCUCCUUCACCCAAUCUCCGCCGCCCCCGUAGACUACGCCAUCUCCCUCGACCUUUCCCCACCCUCCACCCACGUCUUCCACUACCACGGCUCCGGCGGAUUCCUCCGCGAGUGUGCCAACUGGGAUCCCCCGCCGGCCGGUUCAUCGUCUCCCUCUUCAAAGGCGGCAUAA